AUGCCACACACAGGAAGCCAACACACACUCCAAGCAACGCCCAAGACAGCUCAGCACACAGGGGCGCAGAAGGCCCCAGAACAGGCAAUAGCGCUCAAGAAGGAGCAGCAGCUCAAGAAUCAAGAAGGAGCAACAUCACACAGGAAGGCUCACACAGAAGGAUGCCACACACAGAAGACCCGGAUGUCCGCAGACAAGGCAGGGCUCAGGCACAGACAGGGCUCAGGAGAGGUUCGAGCACGCACAGCGAGCACUCGUGUCGAGGGAGAAUGCUCUAGUGAUGGCGUCGUGAUGAUGUUCUGCAUGCCGGCGAGGGGAGAAGAAGAAAAGGCCUCUGGCGAGGCAAGAGGGGAGGACGUCGGCUCGUCGAGAGAGUCGCGGCAGGGCACAGCACAUAAGAGCACAUGCAUGCACACAGAAGCGGCAUCGCUACAAAAGGCGGGGGAGAUCGGAAAAGUAGAAGACGCAAAGACUUAA